AUGCUCGUGCCUCUCCCGCAGCUUGAUGCCGCCACCGCUAUGAUACCUGACGUCUCCCUGAUACAGUCGCCGUCGAUCGGCAGCACAAUGGGUACGCUCCUGAUCGCAACCUUCAUAGGACUUGUCCUCCUUGGCGUCACUCUCCACCAGGCGUACCGAUAUGCGCGGCUAUUCCCCAAUGAUUCGCCAUGGCUCAAAGGCUUGGUUGCGCUCGCAGUAUGCCUCGAAAUGGCGUCAAGCGCGCUCUCCGUGCAUGUAUGCUACUACUAUCUCGUGACGAACUACUUCCACCCGCAAGACCUCGCGCUCGGUGUCUGGUCUACCGAUCUGUUCUCCUCUGUAGCGGGCACGACAAUGGUCGUGUCACAAAGAAAACACGGCUCUCCCGGUGCCAAUGUUUCUGGUACGAGCCACAUUACCCCAAAGCUCGCGAUCGCCGCUGCAGCCCUAAUCGUUGUUCUGGUCACGUCGCAGCGCCUCCUGCCGAUCGCGUUCUGUCUGGCGAUGGCUUCAGACCUAAUGCUGACGGCGUCGCUCAUCAGCAUCCUGCGCCGCAAGCGCACAGGUUUCAGCAGUACGGAUAACAUGAUCGACGUCCUCAUGAUGUACUCCGUGAACACAGGACUUCUCAAUGGCAUCUUCGAUCUACUGACUACGAUACUGGCCUUUGCACGCCCAUACAGUACCGUCUGGGCUCUCUUCGGCAUAGCUGGCGCAAAACUAUACGCCAUCACGCUCCUCGCAGCUCUGCACUCCCGCCGCGCGUUCCGCCCGAACGGCUCCGCCGAGUUGCUGCGGGAUAGCGAUGCGCUGUUCGGACUCAGCUUCUCCCCCGUAGGCGCGUCGCACUCGAACGCCACAUCCUCGCUGAGUCGAAGCCGACCAGGGCAUAUACAGCAACCGAUACAGCUGCAUUCGAUAGGCACGAUCGACGGCUUGGACAUCAUCGAUAUCAAAGCACCCUCGCCAUCUCUGCCACCAGUAGUUGGCACGAGUCCCGAUGGCCACUACGACACGGACAAGGGCAUUUGGCAGUCCGAAUACAUGGAGAGCGCUACGGCGGGCGUUCCGUCAACGACGGAAAUGGCUUUACCGACGGGGCAUGGUCCACAGAGGCUGUCUACUACUCACUUGCGUGCUCUGCAAGAGAUGACUAGGGUCAUCCUUUAA